AUGGGUGAUCAAAUUCAGCCGCCGGCAGAUCAAUUAGCCGCCGUCUCCUUGGGCAACGAUGCUUCGACGGUGCAGAAAGAGCCGUUCUCAGAUCGUGUCCGUAUUCAGUCGAUUUUGGGUCGACCCGACGGCGGAGCUGGACUUGCCGGCCAGAAGGUUCGAAUCUUCGGGUGGGUUAAAACCGGAAGAGAGCAAGGCAAAGGGACUUUCGCUUUCCUCGAGGUGAACGACGGAUCCUGCCCAGCGAACCUUCAGGUUAUGGUGGACGCUUCCGUAUACGAUCUCCCUAAGCUGGUUGCUACGGGAACGUGUGUCACCGUCGAUGGAUUGUUGAAGAUGCCCCCGGAAGGCAAAGGCACGAAGCAGAAGAUUGAGCUUAGCGUCGAGGAGGUGAUUCAUGUUGGACUGGUGGAUCCGGCUACGUACCCGAUUCCUAAGACGAAGCUGACUCUGGAGAAAUUGAGGGAGACUCUUCAUCUUCGUCCAAGGACCAACACGAUCCAAUCAGUUGCAAGAAUCCGGCAUGCGCUUAGUUACGCGACGCACACAUUCUUUAACGAUGGUGGUUUCCUAUACAUUCAGACUCCUAUCAUCACAACAAGUGACUGCGAAGGUGCUGGUGAAAUGUUCCAAGUGACGACAUUGAUCAACCAUUCCGAGAGGGUGGAGAAGGAUCUCAUCAACAACCCUCCUCCCACGGAGGCUGACAUUGAAGCUGCAAGGCUCAUCGUGAAGGAGAGAGGUGAAGCUGUAGCGCAGCUCAAAGCCGCCAAAGCGAGCAAGCAAGAGAUCGCUGCCUCCGUUGCGGAGCUCACUACAGCGAAGGCGAGUUUAGCUAAUGUGGAAGAGAGGUCGAAGCUUAAGCCAGGAUUACCUAAAAAGGAAGAUGGGACGAUUGAUUACGCGCAUGAUUUCUUUGGCCGUGAAGCUUUCUUGACAGUCUCUGGUCAGUUACAAGUGGAGACGUAUGCUUGCUCUCUAAGCAGCGUGUAUACAUUUGGCCCGACGUUCAGGGCAGAGAACUCUCACACCUCGAGGCAUCUUGCUGAGUUCUGGAUGGUUGAGCCUGAAUUAGCAGGAGCUGAUCUUGAGGAUGAUAUGAACUGCGCAGAGGCGUAUGUGAAGUACAUGUGCAAGUAUUUGCUUGAGAAACGUUACGAUGACAUGGAGUUUAUGGCUAAGAAUUACGACAAAGGCUGCAUUGACAGGCUAAAACUGGUCGCCUCGACUCCGUUUGGGCGUGUUACAUACACCAAAGCGAUAGAGCUACUUGAGGAAGCUGUGGCUAAAGGAAAGACAUUUGAGAACUCAGUAGAGUGGGGAAUCGACUUAGCAUCUGAGCAUGAAAGAUACUUGACAGAGGUUGUGUUUCAAAAGCCUCUUAUUGUCUAUAACUACCCUAAAGGAAUCAAAGCUUUCUACAUGAGACUUAACGAUGACGGAAAGACAGUCGCUGCCAUGGAUGUCCUCGUUCCAAAGGUUGGAGAACUCAUUGGUGGAAGUCAAAGGGAAGAACGAAUUGACGUCAUCUUGGAAAGGAUGGAGGAGAUUGGUCUACCAACGGAGCCAUACGAGUGGUACCUUGACUUGCGUCGUUUUGGAACAGCUAAGCAUGCAGGAUUCGGACUUGGAUUAGAACGUAUGGUUCUCUUCGCUACAGGAAUCGACAACAUCAGAGAUGUUAUUCCUUUCCCUCGUUAUCCUGGAAAAGCCGAUCUUUGA